GUUCAAAAGCCGGUUAACGCUAACCCAGGGUUAAAUUUGCUUAACCCUGGGUUAAAUUUUAACUCUGGGUUACUUUGCGUUGUUCAAAACUAGGUUAUCUUUAACCCUAGGUUAAAGGAAGGGUUAACUUUAACCCUCCUCGCUAGAUGGGUUAACUUACUUAACCCUAGGUUAACGUAUCAAGUUCGCAAAUAAAACAUGGCAGGCUUUCCUUUUAAUUUGUUUCGAAUAAAUCAUCCUCGUCGGGAAAGACGAUAUCGUCCACGUGGCAUAAAUAUUGACGGCCUUUACGACGAUGAGCUAAGGGCAAGGUAUAGGUUUGGCAGAAACACAAUAAAUUACAUUACAAACCUUCUGCAUGAAGAUUUAAUUCGCAAUACGCAGCGAGGCCAUGCACUUGAGCCACAACAACAAGUCCUAAUUGCCUUGAGAUUUUAUGCCUCCGGCAGUUUCCUACAAGUUGUUGGAGAUAGUUUCGGUGUUGACAAAUCAACGGUGUCUCGAACGGUCAGAGAUGUAUCUUUGGCACUGAAUAGAAGACGAAAUGAUUUCAUAAAAUGGCCGUCUUCAAUAAACGAAAUCGAGAAAGUAAAGAACCACUUUUUUGCACAAGCUGGCUUUCCGUCUGUGAUUGGUUGUGUUGACUGUACACACAUCAGAAUUCAGGCGCCACAUCAUAACGAGAAUAAUUACGUGAACCGGAAGCGCUAUCACUCUAUCAACGUACAGGGCAUUUGUGAUCAUGAAGGUACAUACUGAUACUGUAUCAUAAUUAUAUAUAAUCACACUGCUAUUACUUGUACUGGGCGUCCCAAAAGAUUAGUCCAGUUUAAUUAAUAACUUUUUGAAUCAGUAAAGCCAUUACACCACACGUUUAAAUGUACUACAUUUUUAAUAUACUCCUCUGAUAGGACGGUUUACAAACAUUGUGGCUCGAUGGCCUGGCAGCACCCAUGAUAGCCACAUUUUCCACACAUCUCAAAUAUGCCAGCAGCUUGAGAAC